AUGCACAGCCCCGGGCCGCGAGGCAACCGGCCGCCCCUUCCUUUGGGAGCCGGGGUCCAGCCCCCGCGCUCUGGCAGCUCUCCAGCGCCCGGGUACCCCGAGCUCCUGCACCGCCCCGCGGGCCCCGGCGCGCCCCGCGCUCCAGGACGCCUGGAGUCCUUCUCCGUCGAGGCCAUCCUGGCGAGGCCGGACCCCCGCGUGCCGGCUGUCUCCCAGCUGUCAGGCUCCGCGUGCGUCUUCCCGGGUCUCUGGACCGCUCCCUCCCAGUCUCCUGUCCCGGUUCUGCCCUGGGUGUGCCCGGCGACUUGGCUGCCCGCCUACCUGAGCGUGAGUCUCUACCCGCUAUGCCUUCAGCAGCCUGCGCAGGGGCUGCGCGUGGCUCACUUCGGCCUCCAGGGCCUCGGCUUCACAGGUUUGGAGCUGGCUCCCUGCCCAGACCUCUGGAGCUCCCGAGACUGGGUCCCAACCAAGGACAUUCAGGACACUGAGAGACACCAAAAGAGGGUCCGAACCAUGUUUAAACUGGAGCAGCUGCAAGAGUUGGAGAAAGCGUUUGCAAAACAGCACAAUCUGGUGGGGAAGAAGAGAGCCCAGCUGGCAGCCCAGCUCAACCUUACGGAGAACCAGGUGAGGAUCUGGUUCCAAAAUCGCAGGGUCAAGUAUCAGAAACAGCAAAAGCUGAGACUGCUAGCUGUGUCUUCCGAGGCUGCCUCCCUGGACGAGCCCUCCAGCAGCUCUAAUGCCAGCAUCCAGAGUGAUGACUCCGAGACAGGAGUGGACAGCUGA